CAAGGAAACACAGCUAUUUGCCCCCCACCAUCCCCAACAAAAGCCUCUGGUUUUCACAGCAUGAAGGAGGGAUAGAAUUAGCUUUGGGAUUUCCUUUACUAUACCCCACAUACUCUCUUCUAUUUAACUAAAGCACAAAUUUACAUCAUGUGGGUCUCUUCUUAAAAAAUAAACCCCCCCCUCAAAGACUCCUCCAUCAUAUAAUAUUAUAGACAGAGAAAUUGAUUAUUAUAAAGUGAAUUUCCCACUACUCUCAAUCAUUUCAAAAACCCAUUGAUCUCUCUAACAAUCUCAAAAACUCCUCCUUUUUUUUCUACUUCUCUAUCCCCAUUCCUCUCACCCCACCCCCCAUAAAUACCUUCACACCCUGUGACAUAACUUUCAAAACAAGUGACAAAAACCCCCCAACUAGUACAGAGCAUUCAAAGUCCCAAACUGUUUUAUUUUUUAUUUUUUUAUUUUUAUUUUUUUCCUUUUCAAUCAUGUCCAUCACAGGACUUGCAGACCCAGAUACUAAAAUUUACAAGAAAUCCUUCCACCGCAGGAAUGAUUCCGGUGAGCUCGAUGUGUUUGAAGCUGCAAGGUACUUCUCCGGCUACAAUGAAGCUGCAGGCUACAAUGGUUCAACAUUCACGCAGAAGAUGAUGAUGAAAGAAGAUCAUAGAACUUGGAGAGGAGCAAGAAUUAGCUUAGACGUGCCGGCGAUGAGAAGUGUUCUUCCUCAUCAUCAACAAUCUCAUCAAAUGGUUGAAAAGCAAAUCAAAGACAAGAAGUACAAGCAACCAAGUUCCCCUGGAGGAAGGUUGGCAAGCUUCUUGAACUCUCUUUUCAGUCAAUCAGCUUCGAAGAAGAAGAAAUCGAAAUCCUCGACGCAGUCCAUGAAAGAUCAUGAAGAGGAAAGCCCUGGUGGGAGAAGAAAAAGGAGGAGCAGCAUUAGCCAUUUUAGAAGCUCAAGCACCACAGAUUCGAAAUCCAUAUAUUCUUCUUCUAGUUCAGGUUUUAGAACACCUCCUCCUUAUGCACAAACACCAACAAAGAGCUAUAAAGAAUUUAGAAGCUAUUCAGAUCAUAAGCAAGCAGUUUCUUUGUCAAAGUGCAAUAACAAUAAUAUUGGACAAGUAAGAUCCAUAGGUUUGCAAAACCAUGAGGUUUUGGAUGAUAAGAGAGAAAGAGAGUUGUCCUGGUUGGAUGAGAAAUUCAAAUUCAGCAAUGGGUUAGCAGAGAAGUAUAAGAAUCUGGGAAGUGGGAUAUUGUCAGAGAAAGAUAGGAUUUGGAUGGAAAAAUUUCCGCCAGAAGAGAAUGGAGGAUUCAGAAAGUUCAAUGACAUCGAUGAUGGAGCUGAUAGUGAUUCAAGCUCUGAUCUGUUUGAGUUGCAGAACUAUGAUUUGGGUUUGUAUUCAAAUGGUUUACCAGUUUAUGAAACUACAAACAUGGAUAGCAUCAAAAGAGGAACACCAAUUUCCAAUGCCCAGAUGUGAUACUGUGUAUAUCUCUACCUAGUUGAUUGUUUUUUUAUUUGUUUUGUCUAAAUUUUUGCAUCUUAUUGGAUGUUUUAGAAGUUUGUGAGAAGGAAAAUUCCCUAGAUUUUGCUUCUU